CGGGUUCUAGGGUUUGAGCCUUUUCCCUGCUGCUUCAUCGUCGUCAACGUAUAAAAGGACGGAGCGCCGACCGGCUCUUCUCCUAACAGACGAUCCCUACGUUGUCUGAGGAAAAUGGUUACCUUCAGGUUUCAUCAAUACCAGGUGGUGGGCAGAGCCCUGCCGACAGAAUCCGAUGAGCAUCCCAAGAUUUAUCGCAUGAAGCUCUGGGCCACCAAUGAGGUCCGCGCCAAAUCCAAGUUCUGGUACUUUCUGAGGAAGCUGAAGAAGGUAAAGAAGAGCAACGGGCAAGUGCUCGCCAUCAAUGAGAUUUUUGAGAAGAACCCGACAAAGAUCGACAACUACGGGAUAUGGUUGAGGUACCAGAGCAGGACUGGUUACCAUAACAUGUACAAAGAGUACCGCGACACGACUUUAAAUGGCGCUGUUGAGCAGAUGUACACUGAGAUGGCUUCGCGCCACAGGGUCAGGUUCCCUUGCAUUCAGAUCAUCAAAACCGCUACUGUCCCAGCAAAGCUUUGCAAGAGAGAGAGCACCAAGCAAUUCCAUAACUCAAAGAUCAAAUUCCCCCUCGUGUUCAGGAAGGUUAGGCCACCAACUAGGAAGUUGAAGACUACCUACAAGGCAUCGAGGCCCAACUUGUUCAUGUGAGUCCUCGUGUUCCCAGCAGAGCUCGUAGACUAUAAGUGCAGAUCGGCCUCCUAGAUAAUUUUGGUCAAAACUAUUGCUGUCGAUUAUCCUCUUUUGCAUUUUGUAAUUCUUGAGGAUCUUGGUGAUAUUGAAAGGAUAUCAAGCAUCAUAUUGGUGGUAUUGAAAGGCUAUCAAGCAUUAAUUUAUAUGAUC